GUUAUCCGUGAGGCUCACCACACUUAAUUUAUUAGGUGCAGCACACGAGGAACAAAAAUGAUGACCAAAACUCUGGCACUUUGCAUUCUCCAGGCAGUAUUCGCCCAAAUGUACUGUCAAUGUAUCGGGGGUUACAAUGGCUACACGGCGGAGAUAGCCGCGCCUUACGCUGCCCAGUACGCCGCUGCCCCUUGCGCCGCAGAGUGGAGUGUCGGCUACAAUCCCGCUGCCCUCGCCGCUUCUCACGGACCAGGCCUCGCUGUGACCAGCGCCUCUCCAGUCCCACCCACCGGAGUGACUACAGUCUCCGAGACCGCGUUGGCCGGUGAGCUGGCCGUAGCUGGCCAAGUGCCCUUCCUGAGCUCCGUCGGUCUCGAGGGAGUAUUACCUACUGUUGGUGCUGGAGCCAUCACUUAUGGCUGCGGGAACGGCGCUGUCGGUAUCACGAAUGAGGAGGUAGCUCCUUUGGCCCCCGCUGCCUAUGGGUACGCUGCCCCUGGCCUGGAGUAUGCGGCCUCUCCGUAUGCUUACGGGCCGAUUGCCGCAGGUCCGGCUUACGGCUACGGCGCGGGUUACGGCGUCGGCUGCAGCGGGCCCGUCUACUAAUCCUUAAGUACUUGUAAAUAAUGUUUGUUGUACAUUAAUUGUUAUGUCUUUGUUUUAAGUAACAAAUAAACCAAUGAGUGCGAAACUCAAAAUACAAAAGAG